UUUUCCCCAUCGGAACCUUUCGAGACUUUUCUUUAAAGUUUGUAGAUACUCCAUGGACGAUCAACAUUAAACAGUAUUGGAGUGAGAAGCAUGCAAUCUGGAGAAAAUUCUGGUACAUCUAGAACUCCUCCCAAAAAGGAGAAGAAAAGGAGAGGUGAAGCUAAGAAAGAACAGAAGAAAUCACCUGACCCCAAAACAAGGAAGGAACCAAAUGAUAGUGCUCUCAGAGGCAGGCCCCCAGAGCAAACCAGAGUGCCCACAAUGGCAGAGAGAAAAUUCAGUGCUUUAGAGAUGCAUCCCAAAAUGGCACAACAAAAUGUGGCAUCUUCCCAGAUGUCAACAUCAAGCAGCCAAGGAGCAAGCAUACCUUUAUCAACAAUUCAGCAUGGGAGUGUAGUACCUGUGCACAAAAUUAGUGGAAGAGAUGACCAUAGCUCAUAUCACAGAGUCUUGUCACCAUCCAGAACACAGGAGCAGGGAGGAGCUGUCCAAAGACCAGUUCAACCGCAGCAGCAGCCACGCUGGGUAGUUCAAGGGGUACCUCAGCAACCAAGACUCCAUGCCCCACUUCCCAAGCCAGCCCCUCAACAACAGGUUAUCCGGGAACUUGGACCAGUGGGAAAGCAUGGAGGGGAGAGAAUAGUUCUGCAGAGACAUGUCACUGCUGCUCCCAAUCCUAAGAGUACUGGGGUACUAAGACAACAACUCUUCCACAAGAUAUCUCACUAUUCAGAACCACAGAGUCAUGAGAAUAUGUUUAAGCAAUAUAAACAAGGACCUGUGUCCACCAUGGCCUCUUCUAUUCAAGAACUUGUUGAGCAGCAAAGCAAGAUGGCAGAAACAGGGCGACAGAGUGCCAGCAGUGAAGAUAUACCUGUAGCUCACAUAGGGGAUAGGUUUUCUCCAGUUCAUCAACAGGUACAUGUUUCUACUAUAAGAAGAACACCUUCUCCAGCUCACAUCCAAGUUGGGCGCAUUUCUCCAGUGCCACCAUCGGCCCAACAGAGAAAAUCUCCAGGGCCGUCUGCAGAGAGGCCACAGCCUGUAAAUUUAUCUGUGGCUGAGAUCAAAGAGACUCUAGCCACAGCAAAAGUUACCCAAACCCAGACAAGAGCAUUAUACACAGGGGCUGGGCACAGAAUCCCUAGCGCAGAUGAUGAAAAUAUUUCUGCAAAAGAUAUGAUGAAUUUUGCUCAGACCCAGGGUGCUCUGCUGAAACAUGCCCUGAUGACAGGUGCCCUGCCACCACAUGUACAGAACAGCAGUCUUUUGCAGACGCCAGCGCACAGAGAACAAUCUGUUAGUCCACAUCAUAAGGACACUUCAGUGGCUCAUAUUUCAAGGGGAACCCCCAGUCCAAGUCAUCCAGGUUAUGUUGAUAUAGGCCGUGUUUCUCCUCAUCAACAGCGACAUCCUUCCCCCCAACAGAGGCAGCUUUCUCCUCACCACAAGUACCCCUCCCCCCAGCAAGGCCAGCCUUCACCUCCACAAAGACAGGUCUCACCGAACCCCAGGCAAACAACGCCCCUUCAGAUGUCCCAGCAGAGACACUCCAGUCCUGCUCAUUCUCCCAGCCAAAUCAUGGUGGUACCUAACACCCAGAGGGGGAGGGACUCGGUCAGCCCAGUGGCCACCUCAAGUGCCACCAAUACUCCCAGACGGACCCCCUCACCAAAACCCCAGCAUAGACACAAGGAAUCAAUGGCAGCCUUUACAAACUCAAGACUCCAAGCUCCACCAUCCACUGUCAACAUUGGAAAGACUUCGGUUGCUAUUAGACAACCUUUUGUGAACUUGGUGCGUUUGCAGGAGGUUCCUGGGAGUGAUAUUUCUGCAAGUCAUCAUUCUGUAACACAAGUUUCAUCAAGACCUGUAGACCAGAUGCAUAAUUCUCAAAGACAGAAUCCUAUCCUUCAGUCCCAGCUGUCACAAGGCUAUGAACCAAAUAUAUCUCCAGAAAACAGAUUGAAAGAGCAAGUACCAGUCCCUGUUAAUAUGCAGUUUAAACAGAGGAACCCAUUUACAUUCCCUCCACAAAUACCAACAUCUAUAUCCCUAAUGGAGCCCCAUGCCUUCACCCAGUUCAAGGACUCUGCUGUAGAAUCCCUGCCCCAGCUGGAUCAGGAGAAAAGGGCUUUACCUCCAGGUGGAAGGGAAAAGAAGAGUCAAAGCCCUGAUGAAAUGCCCAGACUGACCCCUAUUGACCCCAUUAAAUCAGUUGAACGGGAUCCCAGUACGGAAAUGGUGGAGAUGGAAGCUCCGUACAGUAAGCGACUACAGAAUAUUGCCAAUCUUCCCACCAGCUCCAUCAAUCGGUCCACCUUUAGAGCCCACAGCGUCGCUGUCCACCGGGCAAAAGCUGGGCUCAUUACGAGCACUGCAAAAUCCUUAGACAUCCUGAGACAGAACGUACAGAGGUUCAUCAACAAAGAGAUCGAUGUCAUCAUUCAAGAUUACAUGGAGAAAUUUUUCAAGCCAGGGAUUAAAAAUAUAAAGAUUAAUAAUGGAGAGAACUCAGUAAAUGAGGAACAUGUGCAGGCUGUUUGUAGACAGAUCCUGGAGGAGGCCAAGAAGAUGUACUGUACAGAUCAAAGUUUUACUCCUACUCGACAGGAGUUCCCUGAUAAUGUGUCAGAAACUGGCAGUACAGGAAGUAGAAGGUUGAUUUCUCGAAAAAGACGAGGCUCAGACACCGAUUCAGAGAAAAGUGUUCUUCCUGUACCUAGAAAGAAAAAAGGUAGACCUCCGUUAUAUAUAUCGGGUCGAAGCACUCCAUCUAAAACAGUGAAGACAAACGAUCCUGUUAAGCGAGAAGGACCAAAGUGGGAUUGUGACAGGCUUACAACCGAAACUCUCUUUGUAAUGGGUGCCAAAGCAAACAAGGCACUUGGUUUGGGGGCUACAAGAGGAAGAAUUUAUAUAAAGCAUCCAGACACAUUCAAGUAUUCUGGUGACCAAGAUGAUAAAGUGUGGUUAUACGAGAAUCAACACAUGCCUGCCACUGGAGGGAAGACAUACAUGUUGAUUCUGGAGGACAUUAAAGAUCUGACACAGGAGGAUGAUUACAGAGACAACCCUAGUGUGAAUGUCGACAGCCUGAAAGGGUUUCCUGUCCCGCAAUGGAUGGUAGACAAGAUGAAAAUUCAGAUGGCUGCUAUGAGGACGGACACAUAUAAACCCAAGAGUCGUAGUAGGUCCACCACACCUAGUGACAUCAGAACGGAGGGCCAGGGGGAUGAAGAUGAAGACCAUGCACAGAAAAUUCCCUUUUCCUCAUUUGUCAGUCCAAAGACCGAGGACCAGGACCCUGAUAAGGAUGAGAAAUCUUCAUCAGCAGACACAGAAACGGAAUUUUUCUCAGGAAAUGAUAACGACAACACUAGUAAUAUGUCACCGUUUAACAUGACCGGAGGAUUCGAUGACGGCGCCUCUCCUUCUCCUUCAGAACUCGAAAACAUGGAAGAUGAAGACGGAGCAGUCAGCUGAGUUUUUAGCUGUAGUGGUGGCAAUUCUACCUACAACACCAGACUUUCUGGUCUUCAUCAGAUGGACUCUAUGCUUUCAUACUAGGUGUCUGAGGCUUGUAUAAAAUAUAUGUCUCAACACUCAAAUUUUGAUCACAUAAAAUUUAUGAAUAUGUAAUAUAUAUAUAUAUAUAUAUACAAGUAAUUUGUGUUUUUUUAAUGUGUCGUUACUAAGAUUGUAAAACACUCAGAUAAACACAUGCAGGGUUUUUUUUUACUGUUUGCAUGAAAAUUACAGUAAAUUUUUAGGGCACAAGAUUGAUGCAUAUAUUUAUAUUAAAGGGAAAUGAAUUUCAGAUAUAAUUUGAAUGUAUGUCUAGAAUUGUUGAGAGGGAUAUAGACCAACAUCACAGCAUAUUAACUGUCUCAGUAUUUUUCUGUUAACAAUUUGACAAAAAUUGAAUAGUUUACGUGCCAUUUAUAGAAAGUUUAUGUCUGAGGUUGUCAUUGCUAAAAGAAAGGAGUCCAGUACAGAGACUGGUAUUUAUUUUGAUUGGGAAUAAUGUAUAUGAUCAUACAUGUACUUUCAUAUCUUGAAAAUCUAUUUUACCCAUGCAUGGUAUUUUUGGAAGAAAAAACUUUGUUUUAAAUUUCCAAGUGGGCAUUUUAAACAUUAACAUGUAUUACAUGAAUUUGUCCUUCAUAAAUCUAUGCUGUUUCCAUGUAUUCUGUUUCUGGAUGAAAAUACUGACACACAAGUGAUUUUUCAACAUGACUAGAAAACCCUUCUGUAUAUCCAUGAAACAAAUAAGUUCAAUUAUAAAAUAAGGUAUAAAGUCUAUUAUUUCUGUACCCUCCUGAUACAAACAAACUAAACAUCUAUUCUUGAGGCAGAUUUUAUAUGGACACGUACAGUGCCCUCUUUCUAUUGGUAUUUUUUAAAGAUUAAUUUGUGUUAUAGUGUCGCUUAACUCUGUUGAAGUUGAUAAAUAGUGCAAUGUUUUUGUUUGUUAUUCUUUGUUUCACAUUGUUGUUGACAAUAAGAUUGUUUUAUUAAUUCCUCGUUGUUUUAGCUUUUUAGUUCACCUGAGCUAUAAGCUCUAGUGAGCUUUUCUGAUCACUUGUAGUCUGGUGUCUGUCUGUCCAUCUGUUUGUAAACUUUACAAAUGUUUUACUUCUUCUCUAGAACCACUAGGCCAUUUUCAACCAAACUUGUCAAAAAGUUAUCUUGGGUGAAGGGGAAUUCAAAUUGUUCAAAUGAAGGGUCACAACCUUUUCAAAGGGGAGAUAAUUAAGAAAUGAAAAUAUGGUGGCAUCUUUUAAAAAUAUCUAAAACCAUUGGACCAGUAACAAGAAAACUUAUGUGAAAGAUUCUUUAAUGUUAAUGAAUUUAACUUCAAAAUUGUUCAAAUCAUGGCCCUUGGGGGUAAAAUGGGGUCACAAUAGUUGACAAAGUUAUAUGGGGAUAUAGAAAAAGAAUAUUUUAAAUCUUCUUCUCUACUUGUUAAGAACAGAGGGGAUUAGUUAUACGUAAUAUGCAAGCAUCUUCAGGUAACGUAGAUUUAAUGUUUGCUAAAAUUAUGACGGGGGGGACAUUAGGGGAUGAAUGUUUUACUUGAGAAUAUAUAGUUAAAUAAUCUUUGAAAAUCUUUUUAUGACCAUCUAUGCCAUGCUUAGUCAUGUUGAUUGGCAGGCAUCCUCAGGUAGUGCAGAUUCAAAUAUGUUCUACAUACAAUUAUAUAGGGAAAAUCUUCUUAAGAGCCGCUUGGCCAGGAAAGUUCAAAUUUACACGGCAGCUCUCUGAAGUAGUGCAGAUUUAUAUUUGUUGAAAUCAGUGUCCCAAGGGUAGGAUGGGGUCACAAUAGGGGGUGAAAGUUUUGCAUGAUGAAUAUAUAGGAUUUUGUUUUUAAAUCUUCCCCUUAAGAGUAGCAUGUCCCAUGAGUAGUUAUAUUGAUAUGCAAGCAUCUUUGGAUUGUACAAAUCCAAGUUUGUUAAAAUCAUGGCCCCCAGGGGAGGUAGGAUGGGGCCACAAUAGGGGAUCAAAAGGUAACUAAUUUUCACAACCAAGAUAAUCUUUAAGAGAUAUAUGAGAAACUAAUUUAAAGGACUGGUUUGUGGUGAGAGAUAUUUGAGAUGACAAAAACUUCUUGCACAUAAAUAAAAAUUGGUUUACAGUAUAUGGGGGGAAAAAAUUGAAAAUCAUCAGAUAGUACAGAUUCUAGUUUGUUUGAAUCAUGGUUCUAGGAGGUAGGUUGUAGCCACAAUAGGGAUAGAAUACAUUUUAAAAUCUUUAAAAAUCAUCUCAAGAACCACUGACUAUAUGAUUAGUCAUAUUAAUAUUCAUUCGAAUGUAGUGCAGAUUCAUAUUUGAUAAAAUCAUGGCCAUGGGGGGCUAGAAUGGGACUUAAAUAGGAAUUCAGAGUUUUACAUUUUUUUCCAGAACAGUGAGGCCAUGUUAGUAGUGUUGAUAUUAAAGCGUCCCUAUGUUGUGUGGAUGUAAGUUUGGUUAAGUCAUGGUCCUGAGGGGCUAGGGAUGGGUCAUGAUAUUGGGGUCAACAUUUUUUGUGGGUAUAAAGAGGGUAAAAAUUCAUAUAAAAUUACUCUGAUGAAGAGCAACAGGACCCAGGUGAGCGUUGUGGCCCAUUGGCCUCUUGUCUACAUGGAACCCCUUGUUUGGAAUUAAGACAUAUCAUGGACAUUUUAUUUUCACUUAAAGGAGCAUUAGCUGUCAUUUUGUCACCAAAAACUUAAUUCAAUGAAAAUUGCCCCAUCUUAUAUAUUUCAGUAACGACACCAGUUUUUAAUGAUUUCAAACACAUUUUCCUAUGCCAUUGGGAGAUUUUGAAAAAAAUGGUUGCCAUCACUUUCACAGCUAAUUCCCCUUUGGAAAUUGAUGUUUAUUACUAUUACAGAACAUUGCCUUUGUGAUUGUCCUAUAUGAAAAUAUAGGAGAAAACAAGGGUCUCAAUAUUUUAUCUUGUUUCGAAAAAGAAUUUAUCAAUAUUUGUAAAUGGCUUUUUUAAAUUAAGUACACGGAUUUAAGGAUUCUCUUUAGAACAUGAUCUUGUGAUGUUAUACACAAAAUGUAAGCAUAUAUUGGAUCAACGUCUGCUUUCCACCCAUUUUAUGGCAGUGAAUUGUGUGCAUGUUGUUGAUGUGUUAUAUACAUGGAGCAAUUUUAAAUGUUCAAGGAGAUAUUAUAAUCUAGAGAUAAAGUACUUCUUAUCAGCUUAA